CAAUUUUGUGCCGGAUUGAUGGAAGAACAUGUUGCGAAAGCUAUCCAAGUGCUGCAGCUUUGAGAUAAGAGAGCUACCAACCCAUUCGCGAUCAAUAACAAAGGAACGUCACCCAAACCAUCUAUCGAGAGCAGUGACAGUUAUCAUUGUCCAAAACGAUGUCGAGCUCGACGCUGCAGAUGCGAGCCAGAGGCCAAUCGCCCGAAGCAAAAGAGUCGGCAAAACCGUCGGACGCGGUGGUGGAUCCAACACCAACAUCAUCGGAGAAGUUGAAGAAAGAUCACGGUCUGUUUCGAAGGUGUUCCCCCCGGACUGCCCUCUUGGUGUUUGCAAUCUCCCAGCUACUGGUACUGUUGGUCAAGAGUGCGGUUACCAAGGUGGUGGAGUCGCACUCCAAUACAUCUAUCUCGACCCCCGACGACGAUGCCUACGAUCCGGUCACGGACCAUUGCUUGAAGCUUUCCACCGAAUUGCAAAAAUGCGAGCUCAAUUAUUGUAACCCUCUAGCGUCCAAGGAUGUUAGCAUCACGAAGAACCGCGGCUUUGCCAUUCGGUUUCCAGAUAAAUACAUUCGCAAGUUUAUGGAGAUCCCUGGUUCGGGGGGCGCAAGUUGCGUGAUGUCCAAGAAAUACGGAUUUCUCUACGUCCACAACCUAAAGAGUGGGGGUACAACCACAAAAUUUUUUCUCAAGAACGCCCUCUGUUCCAACAAGGGCUUUCCCUGCGAUGAAGGAGACGACACCCUGGAACUCGUCCCGUGUUCGAAGGGCAUUUGGGUGUCCAGGGCGAAGAAGUACUAUGUGUUCUCCUUCGUCCGCAAUCCCUACGCCCGCCUAUACAGCGGRUUUGCCAUGGCCGAGAGAAUGAGGAACGAGACGACACACCCGGAACCCAUCGACUUUCGGACCUUUGCCCUCGCGAGCAACAAUGASCGCUACAAAAUGAGCGAGACGCACACGUCCCACUACSUCCCGCAGUCGAAAYUCCUUGCCGACAAGCGGGGGUGCCCCGUUUUGGACUAUGUUGGGCGGAUCGAGCACUACGACGACGAUCUGUGGCGGAUCCUCCGCGAGAUCGAGAAACGGAGCGGGCUAGACACGCUMACGCAGGCCUAUCGGGAGCGGAUCUCCRCCAACGGCACCAUCAACGUCGACACAUCUACGUCGUAUGGGACCAUGAGAAAGUCAAAGAUCCGAGGGAAACAACUAGCUAUGGGAAAUAGCACAGCCACUAAUGUCAAAAGCGAGAUGACGGCCGUAUACUCCGAUGCGAAGGUCACUAAGAAAGUCUAUUUGGAGUUCAAGGCCGAUUUUGAUAUGUUUGGGUACGCUUCCCGCGAUAUUCCCUGGGAAUAAGCAAGCGCCGCUCCCGACUAUGGUUUCGAUUCUGUUUGUCGCAUAAAUCUCUCGUGAGCUUCUUGAAAGAUAGCUGUGGCUCAAUUCAAAAGAAAAAAAAACGUAAAUAGAUUUCUACCAAACUG